GUUCAGUUCAGUGAGGUGACACGUCACUAAACAACCGGAGACGUCGUCUUGUCCUCAAAGCGUUCAGAAAAGAGGCUUUGUAUCGAGCGCUUCCUCUCUUCCGAGAGUAGCUCGUUGUCGGUGCCAGCGGCGGGAAUAGAAAGACAGGCCAGGCGUCGGUUCAUUAGCAAUGCGGAUUGCGACGCUGAUCUCUCUGGCGAGGCCGAUCGGCCCGGUGGUGGUAGGCAUCUCUCUGGGCUUCACUCUCAGCCUGCUCAGUGUCACAUGGGUGGACGAGAGCUGCGGGUACGGCGCCGUCGCUGUGACUGAGGAGGCGCCGGUGGCCGCGUCCGGAGGUGCGAAGGGAGCGCGCAAACCGAGCUCGAUAGCAGCGGGCAACGCCGAGGAGGACGACUUUCAGCCCAAAAUAGUGCCGUAUAACAAGCCCGCCCAGCAAGGUCCGCCGAAGAAAGUUUUCAGAGCCAAGUAUGCCAGCACAGAGCUGGGUAUCCAUGAACGUCUCUUCGUAGCAGUCGUGACAUCCAAAAACAACUUGAACACAUUGGCUGUGGCAGUUAACAGGACGCUGAAUCACCAUCUGGAUGGCCGCCUUAUCUUUUUCACCGGCUCUCACAACCGUAAAGUCCCUCACGGGAUGUUUGUGGUGGCCCACGGUCAUGAGCAUCCUGUGCCCAACAUGUUCCAGACGGUGCAGUACCUCCUGGAGCACCAUGUAGCAGAGUAUGACUGGUUCUACAUACUUCAGGAUGACACUUACAUCCAGCCUGACAGACUGAAGACGCUGGUGGGCCACUUGAACAUGGACCUCCAGUUGUACAUGGGCCACCCAGGGGAGUUCAUUGGAGGUGAAGCCCAGGGAAGGUACUGUCAUGGAGGCUCAGGUUUCCUCCUGUCCAGGGCCUUAUUGCUGAAGCUUAAGCCGUUCUUGGAGCGUUGCAGAACUGACAUUGUUAGUGUCAGGCCUGACGAGUGGCUGGGGCGUUGCAUCAUCGAUCAUGCUGGCAUUAGCUGUGUGAAGGAGCACGAGGAGCUUCAUUAUAAUUACUUUGAGAUGAGAAACACCAUGGACCUGAGUGGAGAUGAAAGCCCGGACUUCCAGAACGCUCUCUCGGUUCACCCUGUGAGCAACCCAGAGCAGAUGUAUCGCCUGCACAGAUACUUCACAGAAAGAGAGCUACAGAAAACCUAUGAAGAGAUCAAGAAACUUCAGGCGCAGAUAAAGAACAUCAGCCACUUGGCUGUGGACGGCAACAGGAGCACAGCAUGGCCUGUAGGAGUCCCACCACCGUUCAUGCCCAAGAGUCGGUUUGAGGUCCUUCGCUGGGACUAUUUCACAGAAGAGCAGCUGUUCUCCUGUGCUGAUGGCUCGCCCAAGUGCCAGCUGAGUGGCGCCGACCGUGCCGAUGUGGAUGAUGUCAUUAAGGUUGCUGUGGCUGAGCUGAAUAAGAAAUACUCACCUGUGCUGCAACUGAGUGCCCCACAGUUAGUCAAUGGCUACCGCCGCUUUGAUCCAACCCGUGGCAUGGAAUACACACUUGACCUUCAGCUCCGGGCUGAAACCGAAUCAGGCUCCGGGCAUUUGGUGUCACGGCGCGUCCAUUUGCUUCGGCCCUUAAGCCGAGUGGAGAUCAUCCCCAUGCCGUAUGUGACUGAGGCAACACGGGUACACAUUUUGCUGCCCCUAACUAGUGCAGACCGUACCACAGUGGUUCGAUUCCUGGAUCGCUGCAUUUCAGGUCUGUUUGAGCCAGCUGAGAAUGCAAUACUCAGCUUCCUCUUCCUCUAUGAGCCUGCAGAGGCACAGAAAGUGGGCACAGAUGACGUUUUUGCAGAGGUCAAGGCAAAAGUAGCUGCAAUAGAACGGCGCUUUCCUAACGUCAAAGUGCCAUGGAUCAGUGUGAAGACGGAGAAUCCUGGUCUUCUGCGUGUUUUGGAUGUGGUAUCGAGGAAGCACCCAGCAGACACGUUGUUUUUGAUAGCUACUGCUGACACAGCGCUCAACUCCGAAUUCCUGAAUCGCUGCCGGAUGAAUGCUAUAAGUGGCUGGCAGGUUUUCUUCCCCAUUCAUUUUCAAGACUUCAACCCACGAGUGGCGUAUCCGGAUCAGGCUCUGCCUACAGCUACAGAUUUAGUGCGUGAGGCGGGCCACUUCGACCGCUAUUCUUUUGAAGAGGCGUGCUUCUACAAUGGUGACUACAUGUCUGCUCGUGCGCACAUGGAAGCCGAUGCGCAUGAGGACGAGGAGCUGCUGGAGAGCCUGGAUAUCUAUGAUGUGUUUGUGCGCUAUUCAGGCCUGCACGUGUUCCGUGCCGUGGAGCCUGCGCUGCGCCAGGAGUACCGAAAUCGCACGUGCGAUGCACGACUGAGCGAGGACACCUUCCACCGUUGCCUCCAGAGCAAACGUGAAAGCAUUGCGUCCCGCUCCCAGCUCGCCAUGCUCAUGUUCGAACAAGAGCAAGGCAACAGCACCUGAACCCUUUCAGGAGUUGCAUUGCAGGAAUCCGAGACUGGCGAUUGUCUAGCAUGUUCUGUCCUGUGAGAUUUCUACAAAUCAUCUGAAACAACAAGGUGCUAGGCGUUCUCUAAAUAAGCCACCACUCCAUAACCCUGCAAUGGGAAGAAUGGAAACCUACAUUUGAAGGAACUUUUUUUCAGAGUACGUCUAGGUUCUGACUGAAGAACGUCUCUGUGGUGGCCCUGACAGAAGCAAUAAGUAUCGUGGAGGAAACUUGAGGGCUAAUUUUGUUUACAACAAAACUAGAGACCUCAGAAAUUGUGGAAACCAUCCAGUUCAGUGUCCAGUUCUCCGAAUCUCCAAAUGCCUGUUUGUUCGAAAUGUAUUUCUGUCUCACAUUCCUUUUCAUGCUUGCUGUGUUUGUCGGGGUCCAACAACCAGCUCUGUAUAGCCUCUGUCCCUUUCAUCAUGGUACCAUGUAUUUCAUGACUUGUAAAGAAUCUGCAAAAAAGUGUGAGUGCCGCACUGUGCAUUUCUCAAGUUGUGUUGCAUUUGCCCAGAUUGAGGAAAUAAGCAACACAAAUGAUCAGUGCUUUACAAGGAUGUGAAUGUAUACAUGUCUCGUGUGUGUGUGUGUGUGUGUGUGUGUGUGUGUGUGUGUGUGUGUUUUGACAGCCUGACAUUGGCCUCUGUGGUACCAAUAUCUUGAAUGAGAUUAUUAUUUAUAAUAUGUAAUGCAGUAUAUAUUUGAGUGUGUGUGUGUGUGUGUGUGUGUGUGUGUGUGUGUGUGUGUAUCUAUAU